AUGGUUUCGGCAGAGAAGGAUAUUUCAGAUGUGUGCGUAGAUGUGGCAGGGGAAACACUCAAGCAGUUGGGCGCCUCCGUGAGUUCAACUAACCGCCGUUCCGACGUCGUUGAGCUGCAGAUUGCCGUCGGAAGCGAGAAGUGUCCGCCAAUUGCCGCUGCGUUAUUUAGUGGUUUCGUCAAGGCGGCAUGUGGAUCUGAGGCGGGAACAACUAAGGUUGGUUUAACUGAUGUGAACAUUGAUGCUCGGGAGAACUUUACUGUUCUACGGUUUGCGGAGGCCGUUCGUGUUCGUGACCUCGAUUUCAACGAAUUACCCGGUGACAGCCCUCCUAUAACCUCUGUGGUUGAGGUAACGUAUAUGCGUUACCUCAUUAAGCACUCGGAAUUGCAGGUGUUCCAAGUUUCAGAUUUUCCCAAGUGCCUCACACCCCGAGGGGGGCAACGGUUGGAUACGGUCGUUGCAGGUUAUGUGUUGUUUUCCCUCCAAUCUAGCGAGGAGGACGACACGAAAGUUUUGUUGUACAUGAAGUCCCUUCGUCGUGUCCUUGGGGGCAUGUGCACCUCCUCCUUCGCUGAAACUGUUCUCUCCCAGGCAUGGGGAAAUAUGGACAGUGUGGAGCCGUCGCAUGUCACAGACAUGUUAGAGGAUGCGCAGAUGGCAAUAACUGACUUCUGGAAUGACAGUGAUCAGGACACAGCAAUCCGUACAAAAGUUGUGUUCCUCAUGAAAACUGUGGGGUCUAACCUGCGGGAAUACUUUGCUAAGAAAACACUAGACGCCGGUGGUGUGUUCAGCGGUUCGAAGAAUAUUACUGAAGUGGCACUUGGUUGCUGUGAUGAAUGGGUGAAUAUGUGCAAAAGACUCACGACAGUUGACUGGGGUUCUUCAUGGGGUACAGCAUUCGAGGACGUUCAGCUGAUAACGGUGCGUGAUCGGUUGAGUGUUGUCGUUUCUAUUCGCGACUUGGUGGAUGAGAUUGUCGAACUUCUUACUGCCGCCGACAAGUUGCAGUCGCUACGUACGGAGACAUUAUGGGAGACCUUCGAUUCCCUUGAUAUAUUCGCUACUACUCCCGCUGUAGAGCAGUUGUGGACAAAUUGUUUGGACGCCUUUUACCGUCGCCUCCAGCCAGUCGAGCAUCGUUGUGCAUCUGCUCUCAGUGACUUCUUUGGAGAGCGGGGCAACUUGGCGCCACAAACGAUUCUUAAUGAAGUGGUGAAGUUUCGUCAGCUCAUACGAAGGCCUGCUGUGUCAAAGGAACUUGUGAACGAGCGUGACGCCCUCCUUGCCAAGUUGAAUGAGCGGCUUCAAAGCAUUCGCAUGGAAUUCGAGCGGCGUUCGGAAAGCGUGGAGGACGAUGUCGCUCUUGAUGAAGAAGACCGCCGUUGCCAAGCGGGGCGUUUUAUGCCCGGUGUGGUAAAUAAUAUGAUUUGGCUCCGACAACUUCGGGGUCGAACGAGUGAUAUGAUUUCAAUGUGCAAAUCUCUUUUGAACGACUUGCAGAAUGCAGGGGAGUUUUUGCGUUCAGCAAACACAUUGAUGGAAGAAAUUGACGAUUAUGUGAUUGAGACUUUCAAACAAUGGACAAUGGACGUUGAGGGUAGCAAGCAUGUGCUGAUGCUUGACGCGAAUGCACCACUUAUGGACAUUGCAGGUGACGGUAGUGUGAGAGUGAAUUACCCGGAGAGGUUGGUGCAACUCAUUCGUGAGGUGCGUAUAUUCAGAAGCUUGGGGUUUCGCAUAAGCACUGCCAUACAGGAGAUGGUGGAUCAGGGCAUCCGUUUCUACCGCAACGGUGUGGCGCUCAAGCAGGUCGCCAGUACAUACAAUUCCAUGAAGGAGAACAUUAUACCUUGCACGCAGGCGAUGCUGCUUGAACCUGCCCUGGCUUUUGAGAAUAUUAUUACUGCAAGCGGUGACAGAAAGUUGACGUGGAGGAACACGGACGACGCCGAGCGGUUCAUUGGCAAGUUGCGUCGUGCAUCUCAGGCGCUGACUGAUGCUAAUCGUCGGCUUCACAAGCUGCACAGGGAGAUUGAGUCAAUUGUGAUCGAGCUGUUCAGCAUUGAUCUCCUGCGAUUGAGGGAGCGCUGGACGGGGAAGGUACGUCUCAUCAGGGAGAAAAUGGAAACAUCAGGCUUCAACAAUAUGGAAUCAUGGAAGCAGUUUUGGGAUAUGCAAAUAUACAAGGCACUAGAGCAUCAAUAUCAACUGGGCCUUGAGAGCCUUCACGAAGUUGUUGCGGAGAUUAAGGCGGACAUCACGUACGAUCCGGAUACUGGGUUGGCUACACUGCGCCCCAAUAUAGAUGUUAUACGUGGGCAGUACUAUCAAAGGAUAAAGGACUUCAUAACGUUCCCACUUCGAUUCCGUGGGUGCGGUAACAGCGAUAUCUUCGGCGCAAUGCCAGGGAACAAUGAGCGCGGCAUCUUUGCCGUUAUGAAGCAUGCCGCGCAACUUUUUAAGAAAGUGCAACAAGAGCUGAAGCGUUUUCAUCCUUUGCUUGUUAUCGGACGCUGUGGGAAAGGAGGAAACCCAUCACUAGAGGACAUUGUGGGUCACACUCUGAAGGAGGUGCAACAUUGGGAGCAGAGCGUGCGUUUGCUGAAGCAAAAGGGUAAAGAAAUUAAUGCCGAAGAACUCUUUAUUAAAUGCGGUUGCAUUACGAUCUGUACAGCAGGCGUCAAGGGUACAGUGGAAGAUCAUCUUCACAAGUUGUCCCAGGUACUUCAUGUCACACUCCGGGACAGCGCUCAGAAGAAUCUUUCUAGGAUUGAGGAGUACAUCGCCGAAGUAACCACUGCAUUGGGUGCUAGGUUAACGAAGCUUGAAGAGAUCGGUGCGGCUAACCUCCAACAUGCCAAGUUGAUGGAGAAGCGACCAGCAGUGGAGGUUGAGUUUCAUCAUUUGCAUAACAAGAAUGUUUUGCUUCAGAGUAUGGCAAAUAAGUCAGAUUUUGACUUUCGUGGCGUAAAGCAACGGUGGGAUGAGGUUACCCGCCGUCUUGAUGCAUUUGAGCGGGAAAUGGAGAAACAGGUCGAUUCACUGAAGAUGUCCGUCGAAGACACUGUCAGUGCAUGGAUGAAAAAUCUUGAGCGGUUCUCUAACCAGUGGCAUGAGGUGAAACCCAAGACCGUUGAUACCCCCAACGCAAUGAAGAUUGUAACCGAACGCCGAGAGCAGUUCAAGGCCUUAAAGGCGGAGGGUGAGGAGUGCAUCCAGCAGUGUAAGUAUUUUCAACUGGAUGAGCCAGACAUCGAGGAGCUGGAGGAUCUCGAACGUGACAUUGAAGAAUAUGUCCAAAUGUGGGACAUAUUGGUCAAGUUUCAGGAAGAGUUGGAUGUGCUUCGUGCGGAACCAUGGAUAAUCAUGCGUGCGAAGUGCUACCGUUUCGAGGAUUUUGGGCGGCACUGGGAAGAGCAGUUGAGGACGUUUUCGUCUAGUCCAAUAACUGUUCACAUCCGUACACUUCUCGACUCUUGGAUGCGGUGCCUACCUGUAUUGAAGUACCUUCGGGGUGACGGUUUUACACCAAGUCACUGGGGAGAAAUGUUCAGCCUGAUUGGAGUGCGAGGUGUCACACAAGACACACUGAAAUUUGGAGACGUUAUAGAUCAACAUGAAACUCUUCUGAGGCGUGAGGCAGAUCUCAAGAAGCUUCAUGCGCGGGCACAAGGAGAGGCACAGAUCCGUGAGGCUUUAGACGAUGUGCGUUCGUGGGGUAACAAUGCUAAAUUUACACUUAUUCCGCAUCCAGAUCGUGAAGGUGUUAAACUCAUUACAGAGUGGAAGGACACGAUGUCGGCUCUCAGUGAUAACCAAGCACUCUUAAUGAGUAUGAAGGAGUCUCCAUACUUUGGGAUUUUUGCUAACGACGCAAACAAAUGGGAGGAGCGACUUGCCUGUCUUGAUGAAUACCUCCGUAAUAUGAGCCAAAUUCAACGCAAGUGGGUGUACCUUGAGCCUAUCUUCCGCCGUGGUGCACUUCCACAGGAACAGGAACGUUUUUCAAGGAUUGAUAAAGAGUAUUUGCAGGUGAUGAAGGUUGUCGCGGCUGAUAGUCGUCUUGUUUCCCUUGCAGGCCAUACGGAAUUCAAGGACGUACUGUAUACUGUGUUGGAACAGCUAGAUCGCUGUCAGCGUGCGCUGAAUCAAUUUCUUGAGGCGAAACGUGAUAGUUUCCCGCGCUUCUACUUUAUCAGCGAUGAUGACUUGCUGGAGAUUCUAGCCCACAGUCGCAAUCCCUCUGUCAUUCAAUCUCAUCUGAAGAAACUGUUCAUGGGUGUUCACAGCGUCCGGUUUGACGAUGCAAAGGAGCACAUCCUGCAAAUCAAUUCCCUUGAAGGUGAGGUGGUGCCCAUUGAAGAGUCUGUUUUGAUCACGGAGGAAGUAGAAGAAUGGUUGGGGAGGUUAGACCUUGCAGUAAAGGACACACUCAAAUUACACUUAGUACGUUGUGUUGACAAGGUAAACAUUGGCGCAUACUCGUCUCAAAUUCUCUCUACGGCUGGUUUGAUCACGUUCACCAAGCAGACUGAAGAUGCUAUACGGGACGCUAAGAGUGGUGGGUUAAAGAAACACAGGGCAAAUCUUCAAGCACAACUACGCGAAUUGACGACGUAUGCUGGUGGGAACAGUGACGUUGUAAUUGGUCUGAAGGUAAAAGCACUCAUUAUGGACCUUAUUCACAAUAUUGAAGUUGUUGAUGCCCUGAUUGAUGCUGGUAUUGAGAAGGAUACAGAUUGGUUGUGGCGAAAGCAACUCCGCUUUUACAUGGAUUACAGUGAUUCUUGUGUACUCCGGAUGGUCGGUGCGGAGUUUCGGUACAGUUACGAGUAUCAGGGUAAUGCACCCAAGCUUGUGCACACGCCCCUGACGGACCGCUGCUAUUUGACGCUUACGCAAGGUAUGCAACUCGGUUACGGUGGUAACCCAUAUGGACCUGCGGGCACAGGAAAAACUGAGUCUGUUAAAGCACUCGGUAAUGCGAUGGGUCGUCAGGUGCUUGUGUUUAACUGUGAUGAGGGUAUUGACUUCAAAUCCAUGGGUCGUAUCUUUACUGGGCUUGUCAAGUGUGGGGCAUGGGGUUGUUUCGAUGAGUUUAACCGUCUUAAGGUAGAUCAACUGUCGGCAGUGUCGCAGAUGAUUCAAGUGAUUCAAGAAGCAAUAAAGAAUGGUGAGCCUCGUUGCCAUCUCAUGGGGAAGGAAAUCAACGUGGAUUCAAACGCCGGUAUUUUUGUUACGUUAAACCCUGCGGGUAAGCGGUACGGUGGCCGUAGCAAACUGCCCGACAACUUGAAGCAACUCUUCCGUUCAGUCGCAAUGAGUGUGCCAGAUAACGAACUCAUUACACGUACCAUUCUCUUUAGUGAGGGGUUCGAAAAUGCGGUGGAUUUGGCACGGAAAACGGUAGAAGUUUUUAAGCUCUCGAGAGACCUCUUGUCAUUCCAAACACAUUACGAUUGGGGUCUGCGUUCCAUGAAGGCCGUGCUGCGGCUGGGUGGGACGUUAAUUCAUGAGUACCUUACAGAACGUGCAUGUGGAAAAGUCAACCCCAGUCCCGAGGAAAUAUUCGAAAAAGAAAGUGAGAUUAUUAUCAAAUCAUUACGUGUCAACACACUUUCCAAACUUACCUUCGAUGAUGCCCUGCUGUACAACAACCUUAUCGCUGACAUAUUCCCCGGCGCUCCGAUAAAGGAGAUUGACUAUGCUGAGCUACGUCCCGCUAUUGAAGAAUCUGUUAAGGAACUGAAGUUGCAGCUUGUGGAGGCACAAAUACAGAAAGUUCUUCAACUGUACGAGGCCCUCAGACAGCGUAUGGGUGUUGUAUUGGUUGGUCCUGGAGGUAGUGGAAAGAGUACGCUUCUUCUUAUUCUUCGCCGCGCCCUGCAACGACUUGGUAAGGUUAUUCCGCAGUAUAUAAUGAAUCCUAAGGCCUUGCCGCGUACGCAGUUGCUUGGUUACAUGGACAACGACACUCGCGAGUGGUUCGAUGGUGUCCUUACAGAGGCGGCUCGUAAAGUUGUGAAGGAGGAAACCUCCGUACUGUCGUGGAUUGUCUGCGACGGUGAUAUUGACCCCGAGUGGGUGGAGUCUCUAAACUCAGUGUUGGACGACAACAAACUGCUUACCAUGCCGAAUGGUGUGCGUAUUCAGUUUGGAGACAACGUAAACUUCAUAUUUGAAACGCACAGUCUGGAAUUCGCGUCACCUGCAACCGUCUCACGCACGGGUAUUAUUUACCUUUCGGAGGAGGAUGUGGAUCCCAAGAUGAUGGUCACCUCGUGGUUGGUGGAGCAACCCGAAGAUGUCCGUGAUAAGUUGGAGAGAUGGAUUAAUGACUACUUCUACAAGGCGAUUGACGCUCUGUUGGCCACCGGUAAGUUAAUUGUUGACACCACUCGUACUGGCUUGGUUGCGUCGGGACUCAGUCAACUUCAGGGGUGCACUGGUAAAGCACAGUUUGCUCUGGCCCUUGUGUAUGGCUUGGGCUCAUAUCUCACGGAGGAGUACAGAAAGGAUUAUGCUAAGGAAAUACAUAGCAUGAUGUCGGAGCGACUCCCUGAUCCAAAGAAUCCUCUAGAUGUUUACUACGAUGAGUCCAGCAACUGCUAUAGGACUUUUGAUGUGGAACCCUGCACUGACCUCUCUGUGGAGGAUCUAUACCGCGACCCAAUGGUUGCAACUGUCGACUGUCAACGUAAUGUUAAGAUUCUACAAGCCUGGAUGAAGCCAGUGCGUCCGGGCAUAUACCGUCCAUUCAUUCUCGUCGGCCCUGAAGGAUGUGGGAAAAAGAUGUUGUUGACCAACUUGUUUGGAAAAACGCCUGGUACUCGUGUAACCGCCGUUAACUGCUCCGCUCAGACCGAGGCCACCCAUGUUAUUCAAAAACUUAAACAAAUGUGUCAAGUGUACAACACAAAUCAAGGGCGAGUGUUGCGCCCCAAGGAAGUGGAGCGCCUUGUGCUUCUUUUGAAGGACAUGAAUCUUCCGAAACCAGAUAAGUACGGCACGGUCCAGCUUCACUCCCUGCUCCAACAGAUUGUAUUGUACAAUGGUUUCUAUGACACUGACUUGGAGUGGAUUAGUUUGGAGCGGGUACAAAUUGUCGGAAGCAUGAACCCACCAGGGAGCAUGGGACGCCACCCUGUUGCACCGCGUUUCCUUGCUAUGGUCUCUGUGCUCGCCAUGUCGUACCCCUCGCGAGAGGCGAUGCAGAACAUAUACACAGAAUUCUUCAAUAUUAUGAUUCAGAGCGGCCGCCUUCAACUCAACCUUCCUGGAAAAGGUGCUGUUGACAUUGCACGCAUUAUGACUACUGUUUACGAAGCAGUGGCAAGUCGUUACACCGUCAAUGUAGCGUCCCACUAUAUGUUUAACCCGCGUGACGUUACUUCAUGGGUUCUCAACUUGCUGAACUACAAUCCAGAAGAUGUUACCAACGCAAUCGGCUACGAGGGUCGCCGAAUAUUUGUUGACCGUCUCGUCACUACUGAGGAGCGCUCCAAGAUAUCAAAAGUCAUACACGACAACUUAAUAUUCCUCGUUGGCCACAAAUCUGGUCUCAGUGAAAAAGAAACGACAAGCUUUGUGUCGUGGAUGGAUACAUCGCCAAUUGGGAAGAAGAAGCUGACUCCCAUCGCGAAUGAAGAGCUCAAGAAACCUGCUGAAGAUUUUGUGUUGGGUUACUCGCGCGAGUUUGCUGACCUCGACGUUCAACUUAUCCCCGAAGUUUGUGUUUGGAUGGCCCGCGUGGAUCGCGUACUGUCGCAGGAACGUGGGAACUUGCUGCUUGUGGGCCGAUCAGGCGUGUGCGCCGCCGGUAUUGUUCGCCUCGCCGCGUACGGCUUGAGAAUGGAACUUGUCACAUUGGGAAUCACCCGCGAGUACAGCAUGAAGCAGUUCAACGCGGAACUGAAGACUAUUAUGAUGAAGGCGGGUGUUGAGGGACAGCAUGUUGUAUUGUUGCUGGAGGACCAUAACUUCACCGUGAACUCGUCGUUCCUUGAAACUAUCAAUUCCCUUCUGGCCUCGGGUGAGGUUCCUGGACUAUUCGCGCAGGAGGAACUGGAUGCAAUGACCGCACCACUCAAGGAGGAUGCGUUGGGUGAGGGUAUGAGUGCAUAUGCGUACUUUGUUGACCGAAUUGCCCGAAUGCUGCACGUGUGUGUUGUGAUGGACCCUACGAAUCCCAAUUACGAACCGCAGUGCCGUUCCAAUCCGGCUCUGUUCACGCGCUGCAACGUUUACUGGGUAGGGACGUGGCACACGGACAGUUUCAAGCUGAUACCCCGGCUCUUGAUGCGGGAUGUGUUCAAAUCUAUUGACAGCCGAGAUAACAAGAAGGACUUCAGUCUGACGACGGAGAUUGUGCAUGUGCAUAAAGAGUACAUCAAUACCUUUUCCCCACAACACUUCAAGGGGCUGUGCCUCACGUACGAGAGUAUCUUCAAAGAGAAGAGCCGGAUGAUCUCUGAGGGCAUUACACGCCUGCAGACCGGUGUGUCGAAACUCGAUGAAGCACAGGAGAACGUCGACCAAAUCGCAACCGACGUUGUUGAAAAGAGAAAACUGAUGGAAGUCAAACAAAAGGAGGCCGACGAUGCGCUACAAGAGAUAAAGACUAAUAUGGAGGCGGCCAGUGAUCAAAAGAAAAAUAUUCAGAAGAUCCGAAAGGACCUAGAGAAGGAGCAGAAAGCCAUUGAGGAACGCAAAAGUGUGAUUGAGGAACGUCUUAGUGGCAUUCAGCCAACACUUGACGCGGCGCUUUCGGCCGUACGCUCGAUCCGAAGUGAACAUCUUUCAGAGUUGAAAUCCCUCAAGCAACCCCCGCCGGCUGUGCAAGACGUAAUGGAGGCCGUCAUUAUUACUAUUGGUGGAGGUGGUGGCGGUGAUACGAAUUGGGCAUCCAUUCGUAAGAUCCUAGCGGGUGAUAUUAAGGAACAGAUCAUCAAUUUUAAUAUCGCUGGUUUCACGGAGGCAACACGUUUGCGAGUCACACAGUUCAUGCAGAACCACGAGAACUCCUUCAAGCGAGAAGUCAUUGGCCGUGCCUCAAAAGCUGCAGCCCCCAUGGCUGAGUGGAUUAAGGCUGUGUUGGAGUAUUCUUCCGUGCUUCAGACGAUGGGCCCGAUGCAGGCGGAGUUGAAGGAAUACGAGGUGAGUCUCGCGAGUCGGAGUGAGAAGAAGCGGAAGUAUGAGGAGAAACUAACAAAGUUGGAGGAGCGAGUGGAGGGACUGAAGCGCAACUUUGGGGAGAGAACGGCUGAGGCGGAGCGACUCAAGGAUCAUGCUGAGCAGGCUGAGCGCUUGUAUGCGUGUGCCCAUGACCUUUUGGCAAAGCUCACUUCCGAGCAUGACAGGUGGGUGUCACAGAUCAAGGUAAUACGUGAGAACCAGGUUCUUUUACCAAAGCGGUGCCUUCUUGCUGCGGCUUUUAUACUCUACCUUGGUAACGCUACAGAGGACGGUCGCCGGACCGCCUUGAACGUGUGGAAAGAGCGGUUGAAAGAUGUUGACAAUUUCGAAUUCUUUACAUUUAUGAGGCCAGAAAGUAUGCAACUACACUAUAAAUCGGAAGGGCUUCCUGGAGAUGAACUGUCCAUGGAUAACGCUGUGAUUAUACAGGAACAGGUUACAACGCCGCUUAUUAUUGAUUCCUCUGGUCAGGCUCUGUCCUGGUUGGUGAAUCACCUAAAAGGCAAGGGCCUAUCAGUGGAAGUUUGUAGUGUGUCUGAAGAACGGUUUGUAUCUUCUUUGGAGUUGGCGCUUCGCUUCGGUAAGAGCUUUAUUCUCACUGAUGUAGACGGCAUUGAGGCGUUCAUGUACCCGCUCUUCCGAAAAGAACUUCGGACCGAGGGUACAAAACGCGUCAUUCAGUUCGGCGACCGUCGCACGGUGGACUACGCGGAUGGAUUCCAACUUUAUCUCGUUACCAACUCCACUGACCUUUGGAUUCCCCCAGACGUUCUCAGUUACUUGACUCCUGUUAACUUCUCCAUAACUCAAAAUGGUCUUGAGGGGCAGUUUUUGGGUGCAACCAUUCAACACGAACAGCCGGAGUUGGAGAAGGAGAAACUUGCCGUCCUUCAGAAAGAAGAGCGACUGAAAAUGCAACUAAGCGAUCUGGAGGAAUCGCUCCUCAAAGACUUAGCGGAGUCAAAGGGAUCGCUACUGGAUAACAAAACGCUGAUUGACUCCCUUAACGAAAUCAAAACACAGGCUGCGGAGAUUAGUGUGGCGCUAGAAACGUCGAAGAAGGUUCAGGAGGAAAUCGAUACCAAGCGCAAUGUGUACCGACCAUUCGCAAAAACGGCGAGUGAAAUAUUCUUUAUUGUGAAAAGUCUGAAAGCCCUGUCGCAUAUGUAUCAGUUUUCUUUCAGCUUCUUUAUGGGGAUAUUCAACGACACACUGCAUCACCACGCAGAAGAUCGUACCGAUAUCGACACUAAAAUUGAUGCGUUAACGAAGACAUUUGUGCGAAGCGUUGUGUCUUCGGUUUGCACUUCCCUGUUUAAGGAGCACCGUACAGUCUUCGGGAUCCACCUUGCUCGUUCUCUGUACCCUAAUGAUUGCACUGCUGCUGAAUGGGACUUCUUUCUUGACCGCGCCAUCGCCCCUGAAGCAAAGAAGAGCGAAGUACGGGUGCCCACGUGGGUACUCCCAGACAGCAGAGAUCUUUAUCGCUCCUUUGCCGUGUUAUUUGAAGAUCUCACACCGAAGCUUUCUCUUCAUGAGGCUGAUGUUUGGUUGCAGUGGAUGCGUUCCUCCAACCCAGAGGUAUCGUAUCCCAAAUUCAUUAGUCAACUUUCAAGGUUUCAGCGAUUACUGGUCGUUAAGACUCUUCGUCCUGAUAGGCUAAUGGCGGCGGUGAGAAGCACGGCGUGUGACAUGUUGCAUGUUAAAUCUUAUGGUGACAAUAAUACUCUCGCCCAACUGUUGACUCGUACGGAGGCAAAUACGCCUAUUUUGUUAAUCACGACGACUGGUGCUGACCCCUCGCAGGAAUUACAAGCGAUUGCUCAUCAGAAGGUCGGGCGGGAUCACUUCCACCAACUUGCUAUGGGUGGUGGACAGGCUGAGGAAGCUGUUCGGUUGUUGCGGGCCUGCGCUGAGAGUGGUGAUUGGCUAUUCCUAAAGAAUUUGCACCUUGUGAUCCCAUGGGUCACAGCGCUACAGAAGGAGCUGAACGUUCUUAAACCGGACUCCAAGUUCCGACUAUUCCUCACAAGCGAGGCGCAUGACGAUUUCCCUUCAAUUUUUCUUUCUCAGUGCCUUAAGAUCACCUUUGAGGCACCACCGGGUGUACAGCAAAACCUUCUUCACACUUACCAGGAUUGGGAAAGUGGUCCUUACGAUGCAAAGGGAACUCUUCACACGCAAUUACUCUUUAUCACGGCAUCGUUCCACGCCAUUCUGCAGGAGCGACGCUCGUACAUUCCACAGGGUUGGACAAAGGCAUACGAAAUGACGUCGGCUGAUCUUAAGUCCGCCUCAGAUAUUGUCCUACAACAAGCAAAGGGAGAGACCGACUGGCGUGCUAUUCGUGGCCUCAUGGAGGAUGCCAUCUAUGGCUCUCGCUUGGAAAAUGAGUAUGACAUGCGCGUCCUCAGGGAGUACACGGAUCAAUUUUUUAAUCCAAAUGUGCUCUCCAGUGCGAAGCAACAGAUGAAUCUCUUUGCAAAGGUAAAAGUACCUGCAUCAGGAAAGCAUGGGGAUUGCCUUAAGGUGAUAUCAGAACUACCAGAAAAUGACAUUCCUUUCGUCUUUUCGCUUCCCCCAAAUGCCGAUCGCGUCGUGCAGUUGUCGAAGGUUCGUGCACUAACAGACGAUUUGCAGCUCCUUAUUGAAGCAAGAGGUGAGUCAUCCAUGAGUCGUGAACAGUGGGCAAACAAGUUGAGACCAAUUCUGCAAGUGUGGGAGGAACUCAUGCGGCCCAACCCUGACUUGUUGCAGCAAACAGUUAGUAUUGCACGGGAUGCAUCUCCAAUUCUCGGUUUCAUGGGGGCCGAAAUGACAUCUUCACUGCGUCUUGUGAGCAUUGUGGACGAGUCGAUGAAGGACUUGGGUAAGGUUCUGGAAGGUCAAGCUCUGCUGAGGGAAGAUCGGCGUGCUGAAGCUUCAACAAUGAUCGCUGGCGAGGUACCGGCUCAAUGGGACAACUAUUAUCAGGGCUCUCCUCGCAUUUUACCGUGGCUGCAGUCACUGUUGCAUCGAGCAACGUCAAUCGCAAAGUUGUUCGAGUUGGCCACGAAUGGGAAUCUUCUCAAGUCUUCACUUAACAUUUCCACCAUGUUCCGACCGCACACGUUUUUGCAUGCACUUCGACAGGAAACUGCCCAUUCCCUUCACGAACCUCUCGUGGCUCUUCGGCUUGUUACCUCAAUUUCUACACCACCAGAGGGUAAAACAGUCCCUGUGUGUUUGGAGGGGUUAAUGCUGCAAGGUGCUGUACUGGAUGAGUCUAAUGUAUUGCAAUCCAUUGAGGCAGCGGACGAGGCUGCGUUAUUUCCAAUGCCAAAGACUUAUGUUGGUUGGAUGACCACAAUGCCGGAUUCGGUAACCACUGUUGGUGUACCGUUAUACACCAAUGGCACGAAGGAAAUGUUUCUUGCAGAAUUACAUUUACCCUGUGCCAGCGAGCUUGCCGCUAAAGCUUUCAUUUUGGCGGGUGUUGCGCUGGUGCUGGAGCCCUAG